AUCUAGCUGAACGAAUUGUUUUCUCUGUCUCGGGAAAGCCUGUUCCGUUUACCUUCUCAUCCGAAAUAGGGGUGGCUGUGUCUACCGGAGGGAAGAGUGCAAGGACUGAGCAGUGUUACUAUCCGGGUGACUAUAGUUUCUAUACAGGACAGAUUAUGACAGCUUCUUCCUUAAGGAGGGUGAUAAGCAACUCAUACGGGAAACAUCCACUCAUCAACUUAAUUCUGAACGCUACGUUCACACUUUCAAGGAUUUAUCAAACUUCUCAGGAACCAUAAAUGUGACCUAUCGCUACCUAGCUACCACACCUUUACAGAGAAAGCGGUAUCUCACAAUUGGACUUUCAUCAGUAAAAAGAAAAAAAGGAAACUAUUUACUUGAGACCAUCAAGUCAAUUUUUGAACAGUCAAGCUAUGAAGAACUAAAGGAAAUUUCAGUAGUGGUGCAUCUAGCAGAAUUUAAUUCAUCCUGGCGUGAUGCCAUGGUCCAAGAUAUUACACAGAAAUUUGCUCAUCAUAUUAUUGCAGGAAGAUUAAUGGUUAUUCACGCUCCUGAAGAAUAUUACCCAGUUCUGGAUGGUCUUAAAAGAAAUUACAAUGACCCAGAGGAUAGAGUCAGAUUUCGCUCCAAGCAAAAUGUAGAUUAUGCUUUUCUGCUGAAUUUUUGUGCCAAUACUUCAGACUAUUAUGUAAUGCUUGAAGAUGACGUUCGGUGUUCCAGAAAUUUCUUAACAGCCAUCAAGAAAGUCAUUGCAUCCUUAGAAGGAACGUACUGGGUGACUCUUGAAUUCUCUAAGCUUGGCUACAUUGGUAAACUCUAUCAUUCUCAUGAUCUCCCACGUCUGGCUCAUUUUUUAUUAAUGUUUUAUCAAGAAAUGCCUUGUGAUUGGCUAUUAACUCAUUUCCGAGGUCUACUGGCUCAGAAAAAUGUGAUCCGAUUUAAACCUUCUCUUUUUCAGCACAUGGGCUAUUAUUCAUCCUACAAAGGAACAGAGAAUAAACUGAAGGAUGAUGACUUUGAAGAGGAGUCAUUUGACAUCCCUGAUAAUCCUCCAGCAAGUCUCUACACCAACAUGAACGUCUUUGAAAACUAUGAAGCGAGCAAAGCUUACAGUAGUGUUGAUGAGUACUUUUGGGGAAAGCCGCCAUCAAUAGGAGACACAUUUGUUAUUGUAUUUGAAAAUCCAAUUACAAUUAAAAAAAUUAAAGUGAAUACUGGAACAGAAGAUCGACAGAAUGACAUUUUGCAUCAUGGAGCUCUAGAUGUUGGGGAAAAACUUAUAUUUAGUAAACAAAUUAGACAAUGUGAUACUUACUUGAGACUAGGGGAAUUCAAAAACGGAAACUUUGAAAUGUCAAAUGUGAAUCAGAAAAUCCCAUUUGACAUACAUUGCAUGAGGAUAUGUGUCACCAAAACUCAAAAAGAAUGGCUGAUAAUUAGGAGUAUCAGCAUUUGGACUUCCUAGCCGAGAAAAUUAGUAUAAUGAGUUUCUGAAGCAGAUUUCCUGCUUCAAGUUUUGGAAUCUUCCUCUUUUGCUACUUUUGUCUUUUGGAGGGAUUGAUGUGAUGUGUUACAAGAAAAGUGAAUCAUUUCAGCAGUUCUGACUGUAGUUUUACUAAACACACCUUUGUAUCUUUUACUUUUUACCUUUGUUGUUGAACACCAUUCUGUAGUUAAAGGCCACUUUCAUUUAUAUAUUUAAAAAUUCAGAGCU